UCAUAUCUCAGUUUUUCACAAUCACCAUACUCUCACUACAUUCCUUUAUAUUUAAACUUCUGCUUCUCAUUUUAUAUUUAUAAUAUCUUACGUAAUGCCAACUGACUACAUAUUUCUUUGGUGUUUUUAAUUUAGUUUUGGAAAAGCACUAGUAGAGAAAAAUAACAGUUUACGUGAUAUUGGUUCAGAUAAUAUUAAUCCCUUACUCAUUCUCUAACACAAUAGCGGUAAGACAUUACAUAUUUAUUUGUGUAUGGUAUAACGAUUAUAUUUUUGCAUAACCUGAUACGCCCUGUGCGGAGUGAAAUGACAACAACCCAGACAGCUGUAUCAUAUGACAGCUGUCAUGCAGUUUUUUGUUUGGCGCCAUUUGAUUUGAAGCAUUAUUAAUCACUCUGCAUUUUUAUUAUAAUUAUUGAAUAAAAGAUUUAAAACUGCUUUUUUAAAAUUCAUUUGUUUCGUAAAAUAUUUUAUAAACUAUGACCACAGUGCGUCGAUCAACAAGACUGAGCAGUGUUGGUAGAUCAACACAUACACCAUCAGCUGCAAGCAUACAAACACCAUCGCGACGUUCUGAAGUUUGGCGUAGACGCCAACCAAAGCAUUGUACAACAAGUGACGAGGAAGAAGAAAGCUCUUUGAACAAAUCCCCAACGUUAGCAGAAAUAGAUAAAGAAAAUACUAAAACUACCAACAUUAUGAGUAAAUCCAAAGGUAAAACACAGGCAAAAGUCAAAGAAUUAAAUGAUGAUCGGGAACCUAAAACACCACGUCGUGUGAAGGCAAUACGUACUUCAACUUCCAGCAACAGAACGCCACGAGCAAAAAAACGUAGUAAUCAAGAGCAAAAUGAUCAAAGUGAAGACGAACAUGAUGUACCAGACUCUGAACAAAAUGUAUCUCCACCAAAGUUAGCCCGUUGGAAACACAAAACUGAGUUGAUCAGCCCUUCUAGGUUAAUUGAUAGAUUAAGUAUUGACGAGCGUAAGCAAAACGACAGCGAUGAAGAAGAUCAUCAGACGCCCACAAAAAGAGAAGAAAAAGAAACUCAAAUAACACCUACACUUAACAAAUACCAAAGUGCGCGACGUGUGCUAAAUAGUGCAGAAACGCAAUAUUUACCGGGACGCGAACAACAGCUGCAAGAGUUAAGAGAUUUUUUUCAAGUACAUUUACAGGAACAACGUUCCGGUAGUUUGUAUGUUUCAGGUCAACCAGGUACGGGUAAAACUGCUUGCCUUUCAUUGCUUUUGAGGUCGCCUGAGUUAUCAAAACAAUUGCAAUGUGUUUACAUAAAUUGUACGUCAAUUGCUAGUAUAAACGGUGUAUAUAAGAAGCUAUGUGCCGAGCUCAAGUUACAUCCUACUGGACGAACUGAACGUGAUUAUCAAGCAGCUGUGCAGCAACACUUACCUACAGCGCGUCGCAUGUUACUUAUUGUUUUAGAUGAAAUCGAUCAACUUUGCAGUACAAAACAAUCAGUGCUUUACACCAUUUUUGAAUGGCCUUCAUUACCCGGGGCCCGCUUGCUUUUGGUGGGCAUUGCCAAUAGUCUAGAUCUCACCGAACGCACACUGAUGCGUCUUAAUGCCCGUUGUGAAUUAAAGCCACAGCAUAUGCAUUUUCCACCAUAUACAAAACAACAAAUUGUAGAAAUAUUUCGUGCACGCCUAGAAGAAGCUGGCGUGCUGGAAGUUUUUCCACCUGUUACAUUGCAACUUUUGGCAGCUAAAGUCAGUGCUGUGAGUGGGGAUGUACGGCGCGCAUUGGAUAUAGGCAGAAGAGUGGCCGAAAUAGCUGAACAACAGAUGAAGUUAGGGCAGAAACAAGUCAAGCUUGAUGAUUUGGCUUUGGGAGACAAUACUAAAGAAGUUGUUUUAAAACCUGUGCAAGUGACACAAGUCGCUGAGGUGUUAAAUAAAGUAUAUGGUGUUUCACAGAAUUUACAAGAAGACAUAGAAGACUCGUUUCCACUGCAGCAAAAGAUUGUGUUAUGCAGCCUAAUGUUGAUGCUACGAAAAGAACGUAAUAAAGACAUAACAAUGGGACGAUUGCACGAAAUAUACCGACGCGUAUGUGUUAAACGUAACAUACAUGCUUUGGAUCAAGCCGAAUUUGCCGGACUAGUUGACUUAAUUGAGACACGUGGCAUACUACGAAUCAUACGUAAGAAAGAACCGCGCCUAUGCAAAGUAGUGCUGCAAUGGGACGAAGAGGAAGUGAAUGGCGCUUUGAAGGACAAACAGUUGAUUGCUUCAAUAUUGGACGACACCGCCUGCCUAGGGAAUAAAUAGCACGGCCUUGCUCUAAAUGGUGGUGUAUAAUAAAAUCAAAAUAAGACACAAAUAUUUAUUGAAAAAAACUUUAAAUCAAAUUAAUUUUAAUAUGAGCUUUGUUAUGCAUAUAUUUAUUAGUUAUAAUAAAAAACCUUCAUAUUGACAAUACAGUUUACAGUGCAUACAUUUUGUAGGUUACGUUUUUUUCAAAUACGCCGGCGAGAGAAAUCGAAUAUGAAA